CUUGUCAACCUACAAAAGCAAGGACGCUUUAAUCACAUAACAAAAUAACUUCUGCUUCUAUGUGUAUAAUCGUAUUUGUAACGUAAAUAUGAGUGAAAAAUUAAAAGAACUCCGCGAAAGAUCUCAAAAACGAAAGAAAUUACUGGCCCAAACGUUAGGUGUAUCAAGCGUAAGCGAACUUCGGCAAGCUUUAGGAGCGUCUUUAGAUGUCCUGCCUAAAAAGCAAGCUGCUACCGAAUUCAGUCCCGAUGGAAACGAGAAGCCGGUGCAAAAGGAACCCGAUAGUCUUGUUUAUACAGAUUCCUCUACGUUUUUAAAGGGCACGCAGUCAUCAAAUCCACACAAUGAUUAUUGCCAGCACUUUGUCGACACAGGACAGCGACCACAGAACUUCAUACGUGAUGUAGGCUUAGCGGAUAGGUUUGAGGAGUAUCCCAAACUUAGAGAAUUAAUAAAGUUGAAAGAUGAAUUAAUAGCAAGAACUGCAACUCCCCCUAUGUACUUAAAAUGUGACCUAAAGACCUUCGACCUAAAGUCAAUGGGUAGCAAGUUUGAUGUGGUUCUGGUGGAGCCUCCGUUGGGCGCGGGUUGGCGCUGGCGAGACGUGUUGGCGCUGGAGCUGCAUCACAUCGCACAGCCGAGGUCCUUUGUAUUCCUAUGGUGUGGAAGCUCAGAAGGUCUUGAUAUGGGCAGAGAGUGUCUAAAAAAAUGGGGAUUCCGUCGCUGCGAAGAUAUCUGCUGGAUUAAGACUAAUAUCAAGAACCCUGGCCACUCGAAGAAUCUGGAACACAAUGCUGUAUUCCAAAGGACCAAGGAGCAUUGUCUUAUGGGAAUCAAGGGAACUGUAAGGAGAUCAGUAGAUGGUGACUUCAUACAUGCUAACGUUGACAUUGAUUUGAUUAUAUCUGAGGAUCCUGAAUUUGGAAGUACUGAGAAACCAAUUGAGAUAUUCCAUAUCAUGGAGCAUUUUUGUUUGGGACGGAGAAGAGUACAUCUCUUUGGUCGCGAUUCCACAAUUCGUCCAGGCUGGGUGACCAUUGGACACGAACUCACCAACUCAAACUUCAAUGCUGAACUGUACGCUUCAUACUUUAACGAGGGUCGAGAAACGACCGGUUGCACAGAGAGAAUAGAGGCCUUGAGACCGAAAAGUCCACCGAAUACUAGUAAAGGCUCGAGGCCCAGGGGGAGAGGUGGGUUCAGAGGCAGAGGUCGGGGAAGAGGUGCGAUUUAGCGGUCUCAUACGUUCCUUAUUAAUCGCUUGCUCGUAGACUUUGAUUGUGGUAUGUUAGGUUUAAGCAGUGAAAUAACAAUCUGGUCACAAUGUCUAGAAAGAUAAAAAGGGUGUCUCCUUCCUGUGAGGUGCACAGAUAUUCUGACCGGUUGUAAUAAUAUCUUUUAUUUUUAUAUAAAUAAUAUCUAUGAAUGUUUGCCGAGUUUUAUAUAUUAAUUGUAAAUUGUCCACUGUACUUUUGUUCAUGUUAAAAUAUUUGUGAAUUGUUACUUUUUAAUAGACAAGCAAUUAAAGUAUAUUGUAAGAAAAUAUAUUAUCAACUGUGAAGUAAAAUUUUACAACUAUGAAAUAUUAAAAUCCAAUUAAAUUAUCUACGGUUAAAGUGAUGUCUCGCUGCGGACCGUUACAUUGUAUACCAACUCGAAAUAUCUGUAUAAUU